AGCAUGUUACAAAACAUAACCUUUGACAAAUCGUUGACCUCACGUUGACAUCCAACAUGGCUGACGGAGAAGCGAAAUCAGAAAGCGUCCCCGGACCGAGCGAGAAGAAACCGGUCUGUAGCUUCAGCUUUAAGAGAAGGAAAAACUUGGGCAACGCCAGGAAAAGGAAAGCAAGCAGCAGCUCCAGCGGCAGUGAUGAAGGUGUGUCGGCUGUGGUGAGGAGAGAGAAGAAACCAGGAGUCAGCGACAACCCCAUGAUACAAAAGACGAAGCGGUUGGUGAGGAGAGACCAGGGAGAGUCCAGUAGUGAGGACAGUGAAGGGGAGACACCUCGCCUCACCGUCUCCUACAAAUCCACAAGAACUGCUAAACCAGAGGGCCCAGAUGACAUGGGUGCCACCAGGGAGUACGAACUGGACACACAGAAGGACAGAGACGACCAGGCUGUGUUCGAGAGACAACUGCAGACUAACAAGGAGAUGAAAGGAAAGGAAGAUGAUAAGAUCUACCGAGGUCAGAACAACUACAUGGUGUACUAUGAGAAGAAGGACACAGCACAGGGGAAUGCUGCCAGUGGUAUGGUCAGGAAAGGUCCAAUCCGAGCUCCAGCAAACUUGCGCGCGACGACGCGGUGGGACUACCAGCCUGACCUCUGUAAAGACUUCAAGGAGACCGGGUUCUGUGGAUUCGGAGACAGCUGUAAGUUCAUGCACGACAGAACAGACUACAAACUGGGCUGGCAGCUGGAGUUGGAGGAGAGGAGGGAGGGAGCUGAUGGGGACGAUGAUCCCCACAUGUAUGAGAUCAGCUCAGACGAGGAUGAUCUCCCGUUCAAGUGUAUCUACUGCAGGAAAUCCUUCAAAAACCCUGUGGUCACCAAAUGCCAACACUACUUCUGUGAAGUGUGUGCGCUGAAGCUGUACAAAAAGUCCAAGAGAUGUUACGUGUGCGGACAGCAGACCAACGGGGUAUUCAACCCAGCUAAAGAAAUCAUCGCCAGACUGGAGAAGGCUGGAGCAGACAAUGAUUCUGACGAGAGCGAUGAUGAUGAUGAUGAUAAUGAGCAGGAAGAUGAUGGCUGAUCCAUUCUGUACAUCAAAGGAAUAUCUAGAGCUGAGUUUUAUAUCUUAUGUAUUACUGUACAUGUAUAUGUAGAUGGAAGGAUGCCUACUGCUAACUACUGUAUAGGGAGACAACACAGACCUGACUAUCUGUAUAAUAUCUGCAAGCAGAGUAUUGUAGACUUGUUUCCAAUAAACAAAAUCUCCCAUCAUUACUGGGCGACAUGACAUACAAUAUUUUCCCCACCCAAGUAGUGAGAUUUUGCAGUUCAAGAAGUCUUGAUGUUUUGUUAUUCCAGGAGUUGAUUUUGUCUCUGGUUAAGAGUCUCCAGUGGAUGUGACAACAAAGUUGCCCAGAAUCAGUGACCAACGUUUGUAAACAUAGUCUUGUUUAUGUUUGAACUAUGAUGAGGAGACAUGAUAUUGGCAUAUGCAAAGCUGUGCCAGCUUGUUUUAUUGGACAUGGUAGCAAAACAUCAAAGUUUUCAACAUACAAAUUAUACAUCACUUGUGUUUGUAUCUGUAAAUUUGUACUAAGCAGUCAUAAUAAGUGAGAACACAAUAAAAAA